AUGGCGUCUCGGGAGGCGUCCGAAACUUCCUUCUUCAGCCUGAGCGGUGUCAGAGAACGCAUGCGGGAGAAGAAAAACGGUGCCUUGAGGACUGCGAAGUUGAAUGCCUCGCUUGCAUCAAAAAUCAAAACCAAGGCCAUUAACAACUCUUCCACACUUAAAGUCUCCUUAAAACACAACAAUAAAGCACUGGCCCUGGCCCUCAAUGCAGAGAAAGCCAAGGCACAGCAGCUCACCCAGGAGAAGGCCAUUCUGCAGAAGGAGGUGGAGCAGUGCCACUUCCAGAAUGCUGUGCUGCGACACAAGCUCUCCUUCCUGAACAACAUCUUCAAAGAGCUUGAAAACCUUAUGGCUGCAGUUAAGGUGGCCCGGCUGUCUGAGUUCCAAACAAGUUCUGUGUUGAAGAGCAGUGUAACUGAAGAUAGCUGGGCUGACAGUAUUGCAGAUGGUCAGCUUGUGAGGGCUGCAGGGAUGCCAAUGAGAGUGCCUGUUUCCAAGCUGUGUGAUGCAGGACAGCAAAGUGUGAGCUCUAUAGCUGUACAGACAUUCUCACUAGAUCUUCAGAGACCUGCUUCUGAUGAGCCCAUGGAAAUGGUGCCCGUUGCCUCCAAAGACACUUUGCCACCACAGCCUGCUGAGAUGCCUCAGUCUUACCAGGAAGAGAAGGGGAGAAAGCCAGCAGAGUCAAUGCAUGCACUAGAGGCUUUUCUGGGCUCUGGCAUCUUUGGAGACAAUGGGGAUGAGAUGACAAAACACUAUUUGGAUCGUCUCUCACAAGGACAUGUUACUCAGAGGAGAAAGCGUUGCACGCUGUUGGCAACAAGCACUCCACAGCUGCAACCUCACAGCUCCCAGGUUUCACCUACUGAAACGAGUGUUACUCCUCAUGGAGAAUCUUUGGGUGAGUCUGAAAUUUCUGAGAUGAGCCAGAAGGCUUGUGUGGGGCUUUCUGACAGGAAGAAUGAAGCUUGUGGUGUGGAGCAACAUUCCCACUCUACUGAUGAAGUCCAAAGUCUCAGAAGAACAUACGUGGUGGAUCCAACACAGCUGCACAGUCUUGGAAGUGGUGGCUUUUGUACUGAGGGGAACAGAAUGUCUGAGAAAUCUUCUCGGAGCUCACCUUCAGAGAAAUCUGAGGCCUUGUGUACCACCCAACGAAAUGGGAACAGUUUGCCAGUGCUUGGCUGGGAAGGUCAUCCUCUUUCAGACAAUGGUGAUGAGAUGACAAAACACGAUUUGGAUCGUCUCUCACAAGGGCAUGUUAUUCAGAGGAGAAAGCGUUGCACGCUGUUGGCAACAAGCACUGCAUCCAGUUUGGGUAUCUUCCCACAUGUCGGUUCCACUCAAGCAGCUCCAUGGAGUAUCACAAAGGACAGCAGCAGCUUCAGCAAGAGCAACAUGCAGCCACAGCUGGAAUCUCCCAGCUCCCUGGUUUCACCUACUCAAACCACUAUUACGCCUGAUAGAAAUUCUUUGGGUAAAGAGAUUUUAGGUGAUCAGCCACAGGCUAAAGAAACUGGGUGUGGUGUUGAAACUGACCCCAGCUAUAUCCAGGUCCCUAAGUUUGUUCCUGUAAAGAUUAAAAGCAAAGGUAACUGUAAAACAGAGAGUGCUCAAAAUGCAAAGAAGCUUCUUCAGCCAAAAGCUGCAACGUGUUCUAGAGAGUCUGAAGCUUCUGAGAGGAGGCAGAAGGCUUGUGUGGGGCUUUCUGACAGGAAGAAUGAAACCUGUGGUGUAGAGCAACAUUCCCCCUCUAGUGAUGAAGCCCAAAGUCUCAGAAGAACAUACGUGGUGGAUCCAACACAGCUGCACAGUCUUGGAAGUGGUGGCUUGCGUACUGAGGGCAACAGAAUGUCUGAGAAAUCUUCUCGGAGCUCACCUUCAGAGAAAUCUGAGACCAGUCCACUACAGGACGUAACCAAUGCCAGGGAUCUGUCUUCCUCCAGCUCCGAAGAAGUGUCGGUGCGCUCCUCCAGGAAACUGAGGCAGGGUGACCCAUUUACAGACAUGAAGUUCCUCUGUGACCCUCCAAAAAAACCAAGAAGAACUCUCAAAGCCAAGAAAAUGACCAGUAAGAUCAAAGAGGAAAAAGAAUGGCUUCCUAAAGAAUUUCCCAGUGCCUAG